GCAGGUAUGUUGAUGAAUGUAGCCUUUUUCCUCCCGCCUUCCAUCUUCAAAGAGAAUACUUCUCAUCUGUUCGUCAUCAAUAAGUUGCGCCACCAGGAGGAAGCAGCCAGGUGUGCCACAGCAGUCUCCCAAGCUCAGCAAGGCCGCUGGACGAAAUGGGAAGGUGUGGAGAGGAGGAAUAUCACAUGGAGCGAUCUGUGGAGCAUGGAGUCCAAUAGGCUAAGCUUCAUCAUUAGAGCCACUUAUGAUGUCCUGCCCUCUCCAACCAACCUACAUGUCUGGUAUGGAGAGGACCCAGCCUGUCUCCAGUGUGCAGCCCCGGCAAUCCUCAAACACAUCUUGGUGGGUUGCAAGACCAGCCUAACGCAGGGAAGAUACACCUGGCGCCACAACCAGGUGUUGAAGUGCUUGGCUGCCGAACUGGAGAACAGGAGGGUGACCACCAAUGCCAUGUCUCAAAACGGCCAGACUACAAACCCACGGAAAACAACUUUUUCGUUCGGGAAGGGGAGAAGAGGGACCAAGUCACCUCCUCCGGAUCCAGGCCCACUGAACGCAGCCCGGGAUUGGGAAAUGCGUGUGGACCUCACCCAGAGACUCACCUUCCCACCCGAAAUUGCAGCUACCAACCUGCGCCCAGACCUGGUCCUCUGGUCCAAAUCCUGCCGGCGUGCCUUCAUCGUUGAGCUGACCGUCCCAUGGGAAGAUGCCAUCAGGAAAAGUUCUUUGGUGUUGCUUUAAAGACAACACCACAACAAGACAUUUCACUUGUGGUGCACAUACAUUGCAAUGGUUGAAGAUCUUCUCCUCUUUAUCAGGGGAACACGAGAAGCAAAGUGGAGUCUCCACCUAUCAGGUGUGCGUUCCAUCAUGCCAUGGUUCUUCUCUUAUGACAGGAUC